UAUCCGGUGCGUAUAACUGUUCAAUGUUUUGUUUGGCAAAUUGGAACGGCCCCUGGAAUUUAAAAAAAAAUUAAAAUUGAUGCUAAUUAAAAAUUUUUAUCAACUUUUUCCUCAUAGUCUAUAAUGGUAUAUACAAAGUUUUAUUUUUAUUUUCGUGAACAAUCUAUUGUCCGAACUGAACUUCUUAUAAAAAUAUUGAGGGGUUUCUUCCUUCCUCUUCCUUCUGUCUUCACUAAUUUAUUUACUAUUCUGAUUCUAUUCUAUUUAAUAGUUAGUGUAUUACUUUUUUUGUUAGUUAAUUUGGCAUCUCCAACAUUUUUCAUAGUUAAUUUUUCUGAAAAUUGACCACCAUCGAAAUCAAUGAAGCAGAAAAAACAAGGAUAGUCAUCAAUAUUCAUGUUCAAUAAGAUUCUAAUUCUAUUGCUUGCAUUGAACUGUAUUUUGUUGGACGAACUUACAAAAUACUGUUGAAACUAUUUUUUAAACAUUAAAGUUAAACUUAGCUUCAGUUCUGAAAUCAAAUCAAGUGUCAUGCCUCCCCCUCCCCCUCCUCCACCAGGUCCACCACCUCCUCCCUCCUCUACAGCACCCCCAAAACUAUCAAAAUCUGAAACUAACAACCGAUCAGCCUUGCUGGGUGAUAUUUGUAAAGGUAAGGCUUUGAAAAAGUCUUCUCAUUUGAUGGUUGACAAAAGUAAACCUGUCAUUGGCAAGGAAGGUGGUCCUAAUUCAUCGACGAGCACAAUUGGCCCAGCCAGUGGAAGAGGUGGAAAAUCCAAUGCUCCUCCUGGCUUGGCUGAUUUGUUUGGAGGAGGUGUACCCAGGUUGAAAGGGGCUGGCGGGCCACAACCACCAGUUCAACAACCUUCGAGGGCACCACUACAAAAUGGUUUCAGAUCUAAUGCCCCCCGUCCGCCGGGACCACCUGGACCACCAAGAGUGCGACCACCAAGCGUGCGACCACCAAGUGUCAAUCUAUCUCCUCCACCACCUCCCCCUGCUAGUGCAAAAUUUAAUUAUAAUCAGGACUCUAUAAAUUUGCAAGAAAGUUUAACAGGUCGAGGAGCCAAUGGUCGAAUCACUGGUUUAGGAAUAACAUCACCUCCCCCGCCUCCUCCACCGAAUCAUCAAUCUUCAACACUUUCUGGGAAAAAUUUACUCGUGAGACCUGCUCUACCCAACAACAAACCAAUGAAUAUCAGGGCACCGCCUCCACCUCCUGUUAGGUCGUCUGAGAAUAAAAUGUUUCCACCACCACCGCCACCACCUUUAUCAAAUACUUCACAUAGUUCACAAGAUUCGCUACAUAGACAGGGAAAAAAUGGAUUACCUCGAGUUCCUGGGGGUCCUCCACCACCGCCACCACCUGUUCGAUCUAUAAACCCCCCACCACCACCUCGACAGCCAUCCACAUCUAGUGAGCUGCCAUCUUUUCAUGUGCCUACAAAGGAUCCCAAUUUAUCAGGUUAA